AUGGUUACUAGUAGUGAUGAUCAAAAUUAUAAACCUAAAACGGCAUCAACCUCUCAUCAAAAUCAACCUUCUUCUGCUACCACUAACAACAAUGUUACGGAUUCUUUUGUCGAUCCUUACACGCCGCCUUCUUCAAAUUCUAGUGACGAUGAAUCAGCAUCGUCUCCAAAAUCAUUUUAUACAACGGCAAAUUCAACAACAGUCAAUAACAAUAACAAUCAUCAUGACUUUCUCCUUCCGGCUUAUAAAUUAAAUUCUUCUAAUCAUCAAGGUGAAAAUAAAUCAACUAAUACAAAAAGACCAUCAGUGGAUAGAACAAGAUCGUCAUCAGAGCCAAUACCAUAUUCAGCAUCUUACGAACCAUCAUUGCUAGUAGACGUCAAACCAAAUAAAAUUGUACAUGCUAAACCUCAAAAUGCAGAAGAAUUUUGUAAAAAAUUUCUUGAUAAUGAUGAUGGCGACGAUAGCAAUCAACAAGAUUCAUCAUUAUCUGAUAUUAUUAAUAUAAUAAAGGAAGAAAAAGACCCCAAUAUUGGAUUAACAUUACCACCAACGCCUACAACAGCAACAUUUACUACAAAUAAUCGAGACUAUAAUUCCAAUUCUACUGUCCAACAGUUAACUCCUUUUACCGAAACCCUUCCUCCUUUACCUCCACUUUUUGAAGAAAACUUUCGAAAUUUUGGAAGUGAUGAGAUUGAUAGAUUGUGUUCAGAAUUGAAAACUAAAGCUAAAUGUUCCGCAAAUGGUGGUUUGCGUGUUCUUGCCGAAGAUGAGUUAGAAGCAGUUUUAGUGAAAUUAGAAAAAAACAACUAA